AUGGGCUACAUUGAAGACAUGCCACAUGUGUACCAUUGGGCAUCUAGGAGAGAGGCGGGUUCCUCCAUUGACCAUUUGAAAUCUUUUCGAGCCGAGCUUGACAGUUUAGUAACUACUGAUGUUAUUUGGGAUCCAUACCACAGCUGCAGAGACCGGCAUCCAUGUAACCCGGUUACGUUCUACCAUGGAUGCUUAAAGUGCUUAGACGUUGUCGAACCGUAUCAUCCAGAUAGAGUUUUGAGGCAGUUUGGCAGGGUUCAAACCAUCCCAGAUGCACCGCUAGCUCCUAGUCGUGGUGCACGAGGCAACAUAUCUGCACGAUAUACCGUCAUGUACAGAUACUUGGAUAGGAUGUGGGAGGCUUGGGAUAACCACGUGUUGUCUGCGCAACGGAGGAGCACACCUGUUCGUCAGCCUUGGCAAUGUGUACCGGGUUACAUGGAUUGGUAUAAGAAUAUCGCGCACCUAUAUGUCGAGCACACUGAUGAACCGCGUGUCCAUGACCAUCAGGAUUUCAGCGAACAUGCGGAUCGUAUUGCACAUGCACUGCAGAUUUCACAUCCUAUUAUUGACGCUGGUUAUGAGGAGGGGAUUCGCCAUCCUUAUCGACUUUACCAGGCUAUCGAGAGUAUGACACAUGUUCUUGAAGGUCAGCACAUUGACGAAGCUGGACCUAGUUCUGCUGGACCUAGUUCUGCUGGAGGUCGCUUUCCAUCUUCGACGUUGACAUACAGUCGUAGGCCUCGGCGUAGACGUACAGCUGAUUCGUGA